AAAACAGCAGCGGGCCAUCUCUUCUGUUUAAACAUGACUCCGUUUUACGUCGCCAUUUUCAUUCUCGGCCUUUCAUCGCGGGCCACCGCCGCUAACUUCACACAGGUCUUCGAAUGGAAAGAAUUGGACUACGAGUGGCCCUCCGAGGCCAGCAGGACAAAGGCCUUGAAGGACAACACUUACAACCCAGCGCAAAUUUAUCCUCGCUACAUGGCUGUCCACGGAACAAGAAUUUUCCUCAGCCUUGAGAAAAAUGACGGCGCCCCGGCGAGUCUGGUGUCUUUGCCGACGAGCAGCGCGUCCUCCGCACCCCCGAAGCUCACCCCUUUCCCUUCGUUGGACAUUCAUCUUAAUGAGUCGGAAAAAUGCGACAAGAUCAACCGGGCAGAAGGGCUGCAAGUGGACUCGGUUGGAAGGCUGUGGCUGCUCGAUUGGGGAAACUCCUUUUUCAAUUGCAGCGCCAAACUGUGGAUUUUCAACUUGAACAACAACGAAACCGAACUGAUUCAUCGAUUUUCCUUCACUGGCAAGAUGCACGACUUGGUGAUCGACGAAACUGCCAACGGAACCUUCGCCUACAUCGCGCGCUGGAGUGUUGUCAACAUUGUCGUGUUUAGUUUGGAGAGAAAUGAAUCUUGGAUCGUGGAAACGCCCGGAGUCGAGGUUUUGUCCAUCGCCAUGUCACCAAAGGAGGAACGGAAAAAGCUCUACAUCGGCCAGUCUUCCAAGGAAGAAUUGUAUUCGAUUAGCGUCGCCGCACUCCGCAACGGAACUCGAACUGCAAAUCCGGAAUUCAUCGGAAAAUGGACUGAAACACCAUUUAGAAUGCUGGUGGACAACCACGGGACCUUGCUUGCCGCCAGUUUGUGGGAGAAUUUCAUUUACUCUUGGAAUACUUCCCAGCCAUUUAAGGAGCAACGUUUUUAUGAGGUGGCUGAACUGGAUUAUAUUUGGCCAUUUUCUUUUGCCUUGGACCAAAACGGAACUCUUUGGUUGACAGAGUUUGACAAGGCAAAAACGCCAAGAUUCAGAAUUUUUAAGGAAUCGCAAGAAUGCUCCGGUUCGUGUCCAAAGAGUGGUACUGCCUAAGGUCGGGAGUGUCCCUUUGCAAGGUUGGAUGGAAGCGACCCACCCUGGCUGCGUCCACGGACCUGCGACCAACCCUUUGAGUGCACCUGCAACCUCGAAAACAAUUGUAGACUCGAGUAGUGAUUUUAGUUGGCAAAUUAAAUAUGUUUUUAGGGAAAUUA